GCUUUCAAUGUGAUCAAUGGAGGUUCCCAUGCAGGCAACAAAUUGGCAAUGCAGGAGUUCAUGAUCCUACCUGUGGGAGCUUCGUCCUUCCACGACGCCAUGAGGGUGGGGGCCGAGGUUUAUCACAGCCUCAAAGGGGUCAUCAAGGGCAAAUAUGGCAAAGAUGCCACCAAUGUGGGUGAUGAGGGUGGCUUUGCCCCCAAUAUCCUUGAAAACAAAGAAGCCCUGGAGCUGCUGAAGGCCGCCAUAGCCCAGGCAGGUUACACUGAUAAGGUGGUGAUUGGGAUGGACGUGGCCGCGUCUGAGUUCUGCCGCGACGGCCGCUACGACCUCGACUUCAAGAGCCCCCCCGACCCCAAAAGGCUCAUCAGUGGGGAGCAGCUGGGGGACAUCUAUAAGGGCUUCAUCAAGGACUACCCCGUGGUGUCCAUCGAGGACCCCUUUGACCAGGACGACUGGGACGCGUGGAAGCAUUUCCUGUCCCACGUUGACAUCCAGGUGGUGGGUGACGACCUGACGGUCACCAACCCCAAACGCAUCGCGAUGGCGGCCGAGCGCCGCGCCUGCAACUGCCUCCUGCUCAAAGUCAACCAGAUUGGAUCUGUCACGGAGGCCAUCCAAGCGUGUAAGCUGGCCCAGAGUCACGGCUGGGGGGUGAUGGUCAGUCACCGCUCGGGGGAAACCGAGGACACCUUCAUUGCGGACCUGGUUGUGGGGCUGUGCACCGGCCAGAUUAAGACAGGAGCUCCGUGCCGCUCGGAGCGUUUGGCCAAAUACAACCAGCUCAUGAGGUAAGGGGCUCCGA